AUGACAACGUAUAUCAUAUUAUUAAGUCAAGCCUUAAAAUGGUUUUUUGAAAAACGUCAUCAUUUGUUAUUCUGCAGCCUAACUGUUAGUCGUUCUAAUAUUUUGUCUACAAUAUUAUAACUUAUAACAAUGUACUGUGUAAACGAGUUCACCGUCCGGCUGUUGCUGAUCACCGUAUUGUUGAACUUACGAAAAAUUACUGAUAUUGUGCGCACAUUUUACCAAAACUGGAUUGUAUUGGAAAACAGUGACCCCAGAUUUGAUCUGGUUUGCGGCUGUUGCAAAUCGUGGGACACGCCGGCGAACGACGAGACCGAAGGAAGGAUAAAGAGGGACGCAUUCACGCAAGUAGAUCUUCCGGGAUCGUGGCCCCGCCGACGCCGCGGCCGCCGCUCUAAAAAAUCCACGUGGCAGCCACAGGAUUUCGCCACUGAAACCGUAGCCGUCGCUCACUCCGACUUACCGCCUCUGCCGGUACAAGACUUCGGCCCGGCUGUCUACACGACGUGGCAGCCACAGGAUUUCGCCACUGAAACUGUAGCCGUCGCUCGCUCCGACUUACCGCCUCUGCCGGUACAAGACUUCGGCCCGGCUGUCUACACGACGUGGCAGCCACAGGAUUUCGCCACUGAAACCGUAGCCGUCGCUCGCUCCGACUUACCGCCUCUGCCGGUACAAAACUUCGGCCCGGCUGUCUACACGACGUGGCAGCCACAGGAUUUCGCUAUGGGACACGUGGCCGCAGCUCCCUUAAGGUUUCCACCACCGACGCUGCCGAUGCAAGACUUCGGCCCGGCCGUGUACACGACGUGGCAACCUGCACAGCCCCCGAGAAUGGUGAGUGUGCCAGCCCCUAGCUUCGGGUUUCCGCGACCGCCGCCGCCGCCAACAUACUACGUGGGCCCAGUUCACUGCAGAACAAGCGUGUAAAAACUGUAUAUCAUUUUCAAUUAUUAUCUACCUAUGUACCUCUAUAUGUUUUCUAAAUAACUAUUCUUGUAA